AUGACUGCUCCACUUAAUCUCGAAGAAGGUCAGUCGUCAACAAGACCUUUCCGUUUCAAUGGACAUUUCUACAGUUGGUGGAAAGAUGGAGAUAAAACUAGUCUUGUUCCAAAGCCUAGACAGAAGUACGACGAAGCUGAUAGAAAAAAGAUUGAAAAGGGCUACAAAGCUAAAACUCUUCUUAUAUGUGGGAUAGGUUCUGAUGAGUUUAACAGGGUGUCAGCUUGUGAGUCUGCUAAGGAAAUUUGGGACUGUUUGAAGACGGCACAUGAAGAAACUGAACAAGUCAAAGAAUCGAAGAUUGACAUGCUUACCUCACGAAAAGUACUUCGAAUUCUUCCAAAAUCUUGGGAAAGCAAGGUUGAUGCCAUUACAGAAGCCAAAGAUUUGAAGUUGCUGACUAUGGAUGCUUUGAUUGGAAAUCUGAAGACACAUGAGAUAAAUCGAAACUACGAUUCAUCAAAGAAGGAAGCCAAGAAGGAUAAGUCAUUAAUGCUGAAGUACAAAUCAGAUGAAGAUUCCAGUGAUGAUGACAUGACAUAUCUCAUCAGCAGAUUUCAAAAAAUUGUGAGAAAAAACAAAGUUUAUAUAAGAGGAACAAAUGGUAAUCGAAAUGCCACUCAAGAUUUUGUGGUCAAAAAGGCUCUUGCUGCAUGGGGUGAAUCUUCAAGUGAUUCAGAAGACCCUGAUGAACCAAAAGAUGUGUCUAUGGUGGCUGUACACGAGGAGGAAACCGUUUUCAAUGAAAUUUUAACUGAAAACAAAGUUAAACGUGAAGAUAAAAUGUCAAGAAUGGUGUCUCUAGAGUCUGAUAAUUUUGAACUUAAGAACCAGUUGAAUCAGAUAACUGAAGAACCUGAAAAGCUAAAUGAAAUGUCAAAUGGUUUACAAGACAACUUAGAAACGUCUCAUGGAGAUGACCUGACAUGUCUCAGUUCUCAGAAUGAGAAUGCUCAUCUUUGGCAUCGUAGGCUGGGGCAUGUAAGCUCAUCUUUAUUGAACAAACUUAUUUCUAAGGACCUAGUCCGAGGUCUGCCAAAGCUGAAGUUUGCAGAAAAUAAAAUCUGUGAAGCUUGUGUUAAAGGAAAACAAAUCGGAUCAUCCUUUAAGCCCAAAAAGCAAGUAACAUCAUCAAGAACACUAGAGCUGCUUCAUAUGGACCUGUGUUUUGUGCUGAAUAAUGAAAAGGAUGAUCUGGGUAAAUUUGAUCCUAGGAGUGAUGAAGGAGUGUUUGUUGGAUAUUCUUCAUGUAGCAAGGCUUACAGAAUAUUCAAUAAACGAACUCAAAGUAUUGAAGAAAGCAUUCAUGUUAAUCAUAGUUUACCUGAAGAGGCUGAUGAGGUUGAAAAGGGCGAUGAGGUACCUAGUACUACUCAGAAUUCCAGCCAGACAUUCAUAUCAUCUAUUGAGCCCAAGAAUGUGAAACAAGCAUUAAGUGAUGUAGAUUGGAUCAACUCUAUGCAAGAAGAACUUCAUCAGUUUGAAAGAAGCAAGGUUUGGUACCUGGUUUCUCGACCUGAAGGCAGAACAGUAAUAGGAACCAGAUGGGUUUUCAGAAAAUGGAGUGAUUACUAG